AUGUUCCUUAAGACGCAUAAAACUGGUGGAUCAACUGUCGUCAACAUCCUCUUUCGAUAUGGAGACAGCAGGAAUCUCACAUUUGCUCUUGGAGCCUAUCAUCUAGACUGGCCACAUAGAUUCCGCUUAUCUAAGACCCUUCCUAUCUACGGACAGCCAAACAUUUUGUGCAGCCAUACAGUAUUUAACAAAAAACCCAUGAACUGGCUUUUUCCGCGAGAAAUUAGCAAGUACGUAACAAUUCUUAGAAAUCCGGUGGAUAAUUUUGAGUCUACCUUCAACUAUUACCAUAUAGGUAACAGUUUAGGCCUAGGAGACGAUCCUGUGGUUUCACUUGAGAAAUUUCUAGAAAGACCGCCAUCAUUUUCCGUUGCAAACAAAAAACACAAUAUAAGAAACCCAAUGAUGUUUGAUUUGGGUCUUAGCCAAAAAUAUUUCCAAAAUUAUACAGCUGUUACCGAGUACAUUAACUUUCUAAACAAAGAGUUUGAUUUGGUUAUGAUUAUGGAUUACUUUGACGAAUCAUUAAUAUUGUUGAAGCGGCUGAUGUGUUGGGAAAUCGAUGAUAUUCUUCACGUGAAGGUAAACGAACGACUAGACAAGGAAAGGGCUUCUUAUCUGAGUGACAGAGUAAAGGACAACAUAAAACUGUGGAAUAAGGCAGACGUUCUGUUAUUCACUUAUUUCAAUGCAACAUUUUGGAGAAAAAUAGAAAUGGAAGGUUCAGGGUUUUACGAAGACCUGUCUGCUUUCCGUCAAAGGAGAUUGAAGCUUCAGCAAAUGUGUUUUGAGAAUGGAACUGGGGCAGUGCAGCGGAUUUUUGGGACGAAAGAUGUGAAGGGCUAUUCCACUAGAAAGGAUUUGAAUUCAAGUCUUAAAUUUUGGUGCAAUCGCUUCACCAUGAGGGAAGACAGUUAUCUAGAUAAGCUGCGUGAAAAGCGUAAGGAACAAUUGGAAUCGUCAGAUUUGGAGAAACAGACCAGUAUUGAUGACUCUAUUAGUUGGGAUGUGGCAAAAGAUUUGCAGUAUGUACCCGUAGAAACUUAA